GAAUAUACCUACAUAUAUAAAUAGUGAAUACCCUUAGCAUUUAUAUGGCAAGACUGACCGUUCGCAUUUUACGAUGAUAUUGAUAUUGUUAUGUUUAUAAUUAAUAUUAUUUUAUUAAUAAAAAUAUAAUACCUACUCUCAUAAAUAACAAUAAACAUUGUAACUUAUUAUCGAUCGUCCGCUGCGCAACUCAUUCGAUCUCGUUCGCUCCCUUUGUCCGGUGACUUACUGCGUUUCGCAAAGGUACUUUACCUGCUACAACUGCGACAUAACCAUUAACCGUAUCUCGUAUAUAAUUUCCUCGUUAUACCUACCCAGUCAUUGUUAUAGAAGAGGUUCACGCGGUCAAGUCAUAUAUUAUUAUUAUGUUCGGCAGUAUCGUCUAUUCGUCGUCUUUCGUCUCUACAGUAAUAUAACAGUUUAAUAAUACUUACUAUUUCAAAUUUUUUUCGAUUUAAAUUCGGUUCGCAUAAUAAAACACGUCCACUGUGUUUGGCCUUUCGUCGCGAUUCAAUUAUUAUUCAGACUGUCCUGCGUGUCAAGUGUAUGGAUUUUCUCGAGUCGUUCGGAUCACUGGUGUUUUUUCUUGUUUAGAAACCGAACGGAAAAUCAACCAUAAUGGGAGGACAACCCACCAAAAUCCAGAAUAAAGCUAUGGAUGUUAAGCCACAGAAUAACCAUAAAAUGCGUAUUGUGACAUUGGAAGAUGGUCAUUUUCAAGAUGAAACACUAUAUAGACUGAAAAAAGGCUGGUAUUUAGAAUUUCGGAUGGGCCCAUCACUUUUUGGACGUGACGUUACUAUUUACACUAAUAUACCAGCAGAAGGAUCAGCCUUUGAUAGAAAAACUUAUCGUUGCCUUGAUUGGAUUAGAGAGUGGUCAAGUGAUGACAUAAUUAUUGAUGAUUCGUCUUUGUCUUGUCUUAUCCAAAUGAACAAAGCUGGAUCUUUUCAUUAUUAUUAUGAACAUAAAGGGCAAAAGAAAGGAUGUGGUUAUAUUAAUGUUGAUCCAGAUUUGGUUGCUGGAAAUAAAGAUAUACCUUUAGAAUCGUUGCAAACUGUAUCUGUUUUAGCAAAAUGUUUAGGACCAUUUUCUUCAUGGAAAUCUAAGUUACAAGUCGCGAACGAGUCUGGAUACAACAUGGUGCAUUUUACUCCCAUUCAAGAGCUUGGAGGCUCAAAAUCAUCAUACAGUUUGCGAAAUCAAUUGGAGUUAAAUCCUUCUUUCAAUGAUUGUAAUCAUAAAGUUACAUUUGGUGAUAUUAAGACUUUGACUGAUGAAAUGAAAAGCGAAUGGAAUAUAUUAAGUAUAUGUGAUAUAGUGUUGAAUCAUACAUCCAAUGAUAGUCCGUGGCUAUUGGAACAUCCUGAAUCUGCUUACAACUUGGUUAACUGUCCAUAUUUAAAACCAGCUUAUUUGUUAGAUUAUACAUUUUAUCACUUUACUGUGGAAGUUUCUAAAGGUAUGUGGGAAUUUUAUGGAGUUCCUGUGAUUGUCAAUAGCGAAGAACAUCUUGCAUCCAUACGACAUGCAUUAUUAACAGCGGUAUUACCAAAAGUAAAAAUUCAUGAGCUGUUCCAAUUAAAUAUUGACAAAAUUGUAGCCGAGUUUCAAGAAAACGUCCGUGCUGGUCUCCCUCCGGUAGCUACAAAUGAAAAACUUGAUGAAGAAUUAACAAUUAUACCUGAUUUAGAAUUUGGCCGAUUAACAGCUACAAUUGAUAUGGACAAAGCAUUGAAAUUAUACAAUAUAUAUAGAAGCAAUUGUUUUGAUGAAGAUACUAGGCUCGGUCGUUGUAGUUUAGAAUUGAAAUUAAAGCUGGAAACUUUGAACAAUAUAGUGUUUAAUGAAGUUCAAGAACAUUUAAUAGCUGCAGUAGAUAAUAGUAUUGCUGGUAUAAGAUAUUUCAGAGUUCAACCAGAUGGACCUAAAUUAACCAAAGUUUCUAUUACUAAUCCUCUAGUACCAAGGUAUUUUACUGACUAUGAAGAUCAAACUGCUGAAGAGGUAUUGCAUUCUUCAAAUGGACAAUUUGUUAUGGCACACAAUGGAUGGGUUAUGGGUGGUGAUCCACUUAAAAAUUUCGCUGGACCAGACUCUAAUAUUUAUUUACGUAGAGAAUUAAUUGCCUGGGGAGACAGUGUUAAAUUAAGAUAUGGAAAUGAACCUGAAGAUUGCCCAUUUUUAUGGAAUCAUAUGCAGUGUUAUGUGGAACAAACAGUUAAAAUAUUUGACGGUGUCAGAUUAGAUAAUUGCCACUCGACGCCAUUGCAUGUAGCUGAAUAUUUGCUUGAUGCUGCUCGAAAAGUUAAACCAGAUUUAUAUGUUGUGGCAGAGUUGUUUACGAAUUCAGAUGCUACUGACAAUAUAUUUGUUAAUAGACUUGGAAUUACAUCACUUAUUCGUGAAGCAAUGUCUGCAUGGGAUUCACAUGAGCUUGGACGCUUGGUUCACCGUUAUGGUGGUGAACCAGUCGGUGGAUUUUUUAAACCACUAGAACAACUUGUAUGUCCUACUGUUGCACAUGCUCUUUUCAUGGAUCAAACUCAUGAUAAUCCAUCUCCUAUAGAGAAACAUUCAGUUUAUAAUUUGUUGCCUAGUGCGGCUUUAGUAUCCAUGGCAUGCUGCGCUAGUGGAAGCAAUAUGGGUUACGAUCAACUAGUUCCACAUCAUAUUCAUGUUGUUGAAGAGGAAAGACAAUAUAUGCAAUGGUCAUCCAAAGACAUUAAUAUUACUACAGGGAUUGUAGCUGGAAAAAAAGCUUUAAAUGCACUUCACUAUAAUCUGGGAAAAGGUGGUUUUGAUCAAGUUUAUGUGGAUCAAAUUGAUACUGAUAUUGUUUGUGUGACACGUCAUAAUAGCAAAACGCACGAAAGUGUUGUACUGAUGUCAUAUACUUCCUUUUCAACUCCAUCUAACCAAAAUGGUUUGGGAAAAGGGAUAACUGUAACUGGAAGAGUUGAUAAUGUACUAAUUGAAACUUCAUUGCAACACAUGAUAUUGGACAAUACAAAUGCAUUUGAAAAAGAUGCAAAUAAGAUCAAUGGCCUAGAAGAUUAUAUACUGAGCUUAAGACAAAAUGUUACUCCUCAAGAAUGUUUAAUGUUGGAUAUAAUACCUUCAGCUGAUAAAUUUUCUGUUAGAUUGAAUUUUACUGCAAAAUUUCAACCUGGUUGUGUAGUUGCAGUUGCAAUUUUUCCAGUAGAGAAAACAAAAAUAGCUGUUGAACAGUUAUUGUCUGAUAUUGAUUUGGAGCAAGCAGUGAGUCGUUUAACCCUAACCGACAUGAACUAUGUUUUGUUCAGAUGUCCGGAAGAAGAUGAAGGGAAUGUUUAUGAUGUACCAGGAUUUGGUAAAUUGGUGUAUUGUGGAAUCCAAGGGUUCAUGUCAAUUUUAGAUACAGUGUCUCCAAAUAAUGAUUUAGGCCAUCCACUAUGUGAAAAUCUCCGAAAAGGUUUUUGGAUUCUAGAUUACGUAAGUGGCCGUUUAAAACGUAAAGAAUUUGAAAACUGCGCAUUGUAUCAAUUUGGAGACUUUUUAGAAAGAUAUUUACAACCCAUCAGGAAUUUGCCAUCAUAUUUGGUACCCUGUUAUUUUGAAUUUUCUUUGAGAAAAGUAUACAAUGCUUUGUUGAACCGCACAUGGUCAAUGAUGCCUAGUGAUAUAAGAAAUGGUUCUACAUUUUGUAAAAAUUUAGCUCUUGCUUCAAUUCAAUUUGCUGGAGUAGUUAAAUCUAGUCCUCUUCCUACUCUUUCGCCAAACCUUUUAGCACCUUUACUCAGAAUGCAAAUUGGACCUGAUGGAUUAUAUCGUCCUGAGUGUAUAACACUUGCAGCUGGGCUGCCACAUUUUUCUAGUGGUUACAUGAGAAACUGGGGCCGAGAUACUUUCAUUUCGUUGAGAGGAUUAUUGUUGAUUACUGGACGUUAUGAUGAAGCCAAGUACAUUAUUUUAGGAUUUGGUGGUUGUUUGAGACAUGGUCUUAUUCCUAAUCUAUUAGAUGGAGGCAACAACCCACGUUAUAAUUGUCGUGAUGCUGUGUGGUGGUGGUUAUAUGUAAUUCAAAAGUAUGUUACAAUGGUACCUGGAGGUAUAAGUAUUUUAGAUGAUCCAGUAAAUAGAAUUUUUCCAAAUGAUGAUUCUGAACCCACAUCAGUUGAACAACCAUUACAUGAAGUAAUUCAAGAGGUUAUGGUAAAACAUUUCCAAGGGUUAUGUUUUCGUGAACGUAAUGCUGGAACUUCUAUUGAUGCCCACAUGAAAAGUGCUGGCUUUGAUAAUCAAAUUGGGGUUCAACCUCUAACAGGCUUUGUGUUUGGUGGUAAUGAGUGGAAUUGUGGUACUUGGAUGGACAAAAUGGGUUCCUCAGAUAAAGCUGGUAACCGAGGACGACCUGCUACCCCUCGUGAUGGAUCAGCUAUAGAGUUGGUUGCAUUGUCAAAGACAACUGUCGCAUGGUUAGCUAAAUUAAAAAAAAAUGGGCAGUUUAAGUAUUCAGGAGUUACUCGUACAAAUAAAGAUGGAUCAGAAACUACGUGGACAUAUAAAGAAUGGAAUGAAAAAAUUCAAAACAAUUUUGAAAUACACUUUUGGAUACCUGAGGAAAAAAAUGGUCAAAUGCAAGUUGAACCUCAUCCAGAACUUAUUAAUCGUAGAUGUAUUUAUAAGGAUACAGUUGGUGCAACAAACAAAUGGGGAGACUAUCAACUGCGAUGCAAUUAUGCUGUAGCAAUGGCAGUGGCACCAGAGUUGUUUAACCCAGAUCAUGCAAGAAUAGCUUUACAAACAGUAACAAAUGUACUUCUAGGGCCACUGGGUAUGAAAACUCUAGAUCCAUCUGAUUGGGCGUAUGAUGGCUUUUACAAUAAUGAUAACGAUACUACUGAUUUAAAAGUAGCCAAUGGUUUCAAUUAUCACCAGGGACCUGAAUGGUUGUGGCCUGUUGGUUUCUUUUUAAAAGCAAAGCUAACAUUUUCCACAAGUCAACGAGAAACUUCAUCUGAAAUUCAAGGUAUAUUAUCUAAACAUUUUGAACACAUAAAAACAUCAGUUUGGAAAGGUUUACCUGAAUUAACCAAUAAAGAUGGAGCUUUUUGUGCUGGAUCAUGUCCAACUCAAGCCUGGAGUAUUGCUACAAUUCUUGAGUUGUAUCAUGAAAAACAACCUAUUCAAGUGCGCACGUCUUAUGGGUCUGCAGUAUUGGCAUUGAUCGCCAAAAUAUUUUAACCCCAUAUACUAAUAAACUUUAAUGGCUAUUACAAACUUGAACCAAAUUUAAAUUAAAUUUGUAAAAAUACUAUUUAUUUGUUAUUAUUUAUAUUAAAUGUUAAUACUUAAAUGAAAAUCAUUGUGAAAGUUAAAAAUGUAUAAUUCAACUAGACUGAUAAGAAUUUUUUUACCAAAUAUGUGUCUCAAAGAAUUUGUUGUUCAUUUUAUAGAACAGAUUGAUUUUAUUUUUAUAUACCUAUACCAUUAUUGAAUUAUUGUGAAAUUUCUAUUUUUUAUUAUAGUAUAACAUUAAUUAAUUGAGUAUUUGAUAAAGAAACUAAAACAAUCUAUUACUUACAUUUAAUAAUACACUUUAUGUUUUACUAUUCUCUAUCUUUUUUAUUGAUGGAGUUUGUUUUUAAAAUUAAUUACCAUCAUUUUUAGUUUGCUUUAACCGGAUUUAUGAGUGUUAUUAAAUUAUUAUCUAGUAGGUACUAUAGAUUAUAUAAUUGCACUUAAGUAUAUACAGUUUAAACCAUUACCUGAUGUGUAAACUGGUUAAUACUGCACAGGCGUAUAAAAUAUAAAUUAUUUAUAUUGUAUACAUCUGUACAAUAGUUAAAACUUUAUUAAAUAUUUUAUUAUUAUUGAAAUAAUCAAAAAUAAUAAUAAAAUAUUUAUUAAUGUAAUAAAAUAUUCCUCAGUGAAAUUUGUAGUCUAUAUACCUACUACCUAUGUAUGACGUGCCUACUAUAAUAAAAGUGAUGAUUAUUAAUAUUAUACUAUCUAGAAAACAAUUAAAAAUACUAUCUAUAAGAUUCUGUGUUAUGAAGUAGAGACUAUAUUUUCUUCUUAUUUUAAUUACUGCAGUAUAUGUAUGUGAUUUUUAAUUUUAUAAAAAAAAAAUUUUAACUUGAUGAUUACUUUCUAAUUUAUAUUUUAUUUUUGUUUUGUAAUUUUUAAUGCUAAAUAAAUGCAUUAGAGAUGAAUAGUAUAA